AUGGAGCCCUACCAAGCAACACCCACCCAAGAUGACACCUAUGACGCCGCCGAGAUCAUGGCCCAGACCAUGGGCUUCUCCUCCUUCGGCGCAGCAGCCCGGCCGUCCAAGAGACGUCGGAUGGAUGGCGCCGUCGUGGCGAGCCCUCAGGCUCCGGCCGCAGUCUCUUUCGCCCGCCCCAUAUCCGUGGGUAUCCGCCCGCCACCGCGGGUAGGCGACAACGGCCGCACGCCUGCUUAUCAUCAAACAUCUGUCGCUGCCAGCAACGCUGAUGAGAUUGAUCUCGAUCUCGAGGAUGAGAGAGAGGAGGCCGAUGGCGCCACCGGCAAUGCUGCCUCCGCAGCUCCGGUAGAAGGUGCCGCUGGUGCUGAGGCGUUGGGUUCCGCAUCCGGGAAUGUGCCGGCUGAUGGCUCACACGGACCGCCCGGUCGCGCCCAUGGUCAGCCGUGGUAUGUCGACUACUACGACCGCAAGAGCAACCAGAACCCUUGGAAGAAGCUGGAGGAGAAGCUCGGUCUGGAGCCGCGGGGUUCAUGGCCACAGUCCUAG